CGCCGCUUCUUCCUGGAGAAGAAGGUGCUCAGAGGGACGACCGAGGUGCCGGAUGUGAAGAAAAGCGGGGGCGUGGAGACUCGGAGCCCGAGGACGCGUUUCCAUUGGUGACAUCUUGGCGGGCCCGUCGGUGGCACUUCCUCCUUUACACCCCGUGACCCACGUCCGGCUCGCCGCCCUCUCAGUCACGCGGCCUCUGCCUCCGGGACGCAGCCCCGCGCUCCGGCCUUCCGGACAACAGGCCCCGGACCCGCCGUGGUGAGCCGCCGCGAGCGGACGACCCCCGCCCGCACUCCCCCACCCUCCGCGGGUCCCAGGAACUCUUCCCUACCUUCUCCCGCACUGGCGCCUCCCCCACCCCAGGAACUCAUUCUUUCCCCGUCGCUGCCCCGGGAACUCCCCUCCCCCCAACCCCGCUGCCCCAGGAAGUCCCCCAGACCCGACCCGACCCGAGAGCUCCGCCCCCAGUCCGAGGAGCCGCCCGCCCCCCGCCGGCCCCGGGAACUCUUCAGCGCCGCCCCUUUGAAGCCCCUCUGACUCGGGAGCUCCGCCUCCCCUUCCCCCGCGGUUCCGGGAAGCCCGGCCGGAGAACUCUUCCUCACCUCGCCGCCAGUACUUCCCGCCUUCCUCCACGGCCUGAAAACUCUUCCUUCUGCCGCCCCAGAGCCUGGCUUCCGGGACCGAUACCGCGCUUCCCGCCGAAAUCGCUCAGACGCGCCCCUGGCGGCCCGCGGCCGCGAGCUUGAGACUGCACUUUGAAGCCGAGUUGGAAGCGUUUGCCCACAGCCGGUUGAGUUUCAAUUUCAGGUUAAUAACAAAAGGAGAUGCACCUGGCCUUUCCCCGGAAUCCUCUGCGUUCUUAAGCGUCGGGUGGAGUUGGGGGUCCUUUGGCUGUAAACUUGCUUGAUGAAAAUAGAAGUCGUUCCUGCUCCCUUCAGUGCUCCAGCUCUGGCAUUUCCCGAGGAAGGGACCCCGGAACCCACCCCAGCCCGGGAACCACUGCCUCUGCUCACUCUGGGAGUGCUGGGGCACCGAGGCAAGACGGCCUUAUCGCUCUUUUUUAGGACAGUUCGUUGCCUACCUGGAGUGUCUUCGACUGUGGGCAUCCCCCGCUGUUCUUUAAGCCACAAAAAGCUGCACCCAAGCUUGUUUGACGUCUGCCCUGUCAAGUGUCCAUGAUGUUGGGCCCCGAGGGAGGUGAAGGCUUUGUAGUCAAGCUCCGUGGCCUGCCCUGGUCCUGCUCUAUUGAGGAUGUGCAGAAUUUCCUCUCCGACUGCACAAUUCAUGAUGGGGUCGCAGGCGUUCAUUUUAUCUACACUAGAGAAGGCAGGCAGAGUGGUGAGGCUUUUGUUGAACUUGAAUCAGAAGAUGAUGUAAAAAUGGCCCUUAAAAAAGACAGGGAAAGCAUGGGACAUCGGUACAUUGAGGUGUUCAAGUCCCACAGAACCGAGAUGGAUUGGGUGUUGAAGCACAGUGGUCCAAACAGUGCUGACACUGCCAAUGAUGGUUUCGUGCGACUUCGAGGACUCCCGUUUGGAUGCACCAAGGAAGAAAUCGUUCAGUUCUUCUCAGGGUUGGAAAUCGUGCCAAACGGGAUCACAUUGCCUGUGGACCCCGAGGGCAAGAUUACAGGGGAAGCCUUUGUGCAGUUUGCCUCACAGGAGUUAGCUGAGAAGGCUCUAGGGAAGCACAAGGAGAGAAUAGGGCACAGGUAUAUUGAGGUGUUCAAGAGCAGUCAGGAAGAAGUUAGGUCAUACUCGGAUCCCCCUCUGAAGUUCAUGUCAGUGCAGCGGCCGGGGCCUUAUGACCGCCCUGGCACAGCCAGGAGGUAUAUCGGCAUUGUCAAGCAAGCGGGCCUGGAGAGGAUGAGGUCUGGUGCCUACAGUGCAGGCUAUGGGGGCUAUGAGGAGUACAGUGGCCUCAGUGAUGGCUAUGGCUUCACCACCGACCUAUUUGGAAGAGACCUCAGUUACUGUCUCUCUGGGAUGUACGACCACAGGUAUGGAGAUGGCGAGUUCACUGUCCAGAGCACCACUGGACACUGCGUCCACAUGAGGGGGCUGCCGUACAAAGCCACGGAGAACGACAUUUACAACUUCUUCUCUCCACUCAACCCGGUGAGAGUCCAUAUUGAGAUUGGCCCUGAUGGAAGAGUGACCGGCGAGGCUGAUGUUGAGUUUGCCACUCACGAAGAAGCCGUGGCAGCCAUGUCCAAAGACAGGGCCAACAUGCAGCACAGAUACAUAGAACUUUUCUUGAAUUCCACAACAGGGUCCAGCAACGGGGCAUAUAGCAGCCAGAUGAUGCAAGGCAUGGGGGUGUCAACCCAGUCCACUUACAGUGGCCUUGAGAGCCAGUCCGUGAGUGGCUGUUAUGGGGCUGGCUAUGGUGGCCAGAACAGCAUGGGUGGAUAUGACUAGUUUUGUAGUAGCUUUUGAGUUAUUUCAAUCAAAUUUUCACAGGCAGCCAACAAGCAGUGAAAAGCAGUUAUUACUCUAGAGGAAGCUGUGGGACCCAUUUUGCACCAUGAGUUUGUGAAAUCUGGAUUAAAAAAAUUACCUCUUCAGUGUUUUCUCAUGCAAACUUUCUUCUAGCAUGUGAUAUUGAGUAAACUAAAACUAUUUUCAGCUUUUCUCAAUUAACAUUUUGGUAGUGUACUUCUGGAGUGAUGUUAUCUGAGUUAAACUAGUUUUAAGUAUGUUAAAUGUGGAUCUUUUACACCACAUCAUCGUGAACACAUUGGGGAGGCUUGCUUUUUUCGAAAACUCAAGGUGCUAGAUCCCUAAUUCAAAGAGGAACAUUUCUCAUGUUUGUUCAUUCUAGUUUGUUUUCAUUUAAAAUCUUUUAGGUUAAGUUUAAGCUUUUUAAAAGUUAGUUUUGAAAAUUGAGACACAUUACUAAUACUGUAGGAAUUGGUGAGGCCUUGACUUAAAACUUUCUUUGUACUGUGAUUUCCUUUCGGGUGUAUUUUGCUAAGUGAAACUUGUUAAAUUUUUUGUUAACUAAAUUUUUUUCUUAAAAUAAAAAGACUUUUUCACAA